AGAGGGAGAAAACUGAUCUGAAACCAUCCAAUCUGAUUGCCUUCUCCCCACCUCGGACCCAUCCAUGUGAUGAUACAAGGAACAUGGCCACUGAAAAUUUUGCGGAAAUCUUGAACAGACUCAAGGAAACACACGAGAAAGAAGUCCAAGGCCUGCAAACCAAACUGAACGAACUAACCAAUGAGAAAUGUCGUGACAGCCAAAGAAUUGAAGAACUAUUUACCAAAAACCACCAACUGCGGGAACAGCAAAAGGCACUUAAAGAAAAUGUGAGAGUUUUGGAAAACAGGUUGCGAGCUGGGCUGUGCGACAGAUGCCAAGUGACUCAAGAACUUGCAAAGAAGAAGCAACAUGAGUUCAUGAAGGCCCAUUUUCAAAGUCUUCAACACAUCUUCAUCCUCACUAAUGAAAUGAAUAAGCUGAGAGAAGAAAACAAGAGCCUGAAAGAAGAGCUAAAGAGGUUGUGUGGCCCAGAGGACAGGCCGAAGGCUUUCAAAGGGCAGCCCAGAGAAGGAAACUUCGCCCCAGACUUGUCUUUGUCCAUCCUCUCCAGCCGAAGCAGGAAACUGAGUGCGGGGAAAAACCUGAGCCCAGAAACAGAAGACGAAUAUGAUCAGUCUCCUGAACACAGAUUUUCUCCAGAAAGCAGAAUCUCCCCUAACAUCCUUCUCCAGGGAGACCAUGCACUUGAUAUGAGCUCUCAGAAGAAAGUCAACCAAUUGCAAGGAGCCAUUGAGCUGAUGAGAACAGGAUCCCGAAUCUCCUCUCAAGAAAGAGAUUACCCAGAAAGUGGAUCCCCGCCCCUUCCAAGCAAAAGGCCACCCUCUCCUCAGUGCGACCAAAGUCCCAGCUUUGAAGCAUUUCUAAGACCCAACAAGUCAGAUUGCCGGGCCUCCCCCUCUUCUUGUGAGAACCUGAGGUUUACCACCAAAAAAGAACAGCUCUACCUCUUCAACCAAAGUUUAGCCCUGCAUCAUCUUGGCCUCCGGAAUAACCCCACCGGCAAAGAGGGCGAUUUCCCUCACCACCUAUUCCUGGCUAAGGAAGUAGGCGGUCGAGUGAAGCCCCAGGAUGAGUGGGAAGACCAAGCCACCAUCUUGGAACUCCCUGGCGCUGUGCUGUACAUGAAGGAUCGUCAUCUGGAAAACAGGCUCCAGCUUCUUAGCAGCUCAGAGAGACUCCGUUGUUUGUUGAUGCAGCCGCAGCACGAAGGGAAAGGAAGAAGAGAGGACAGUUCAGAUCAGUCUUGGUGCCAGAGCCCUUCCACGCUGCCAAGCGUUGGCAAAGAAGGGAAAAAGGAAAGAGCCAGCCCCAAAGAUUUGACGGACGAUACACUGGAGCAGCUGUUCCAGGUCAAUAGAGACAACCUGGAUCAAGGAGAGAAAACCACAUCUGGGCAGGACAAUUCCACCGAAGUGCCUCUGGAUUUAUCGGAUUACGGAAGGGGAAGAGAAAGCGGCACCAACUGGCAUCAGUCCUCAGUGAAACGUGAAAGGCGAAGUCCAGGCAGAGAUGAGAACGAAGAGUCUGUUGUUCAGAAAACCACUUUAUCCAGCUGGCCUGGUAUAAUCCAGAAACAGCAUUACGGGAGCCAACAACUGGGACAGUUCACGGCCGGAGCCAAGGAAAUUAUAGCAGUUUCUCCGAUAUCUUUGCCACAAGAACCUGCCAUGUCCAAGACAACUUCACAUGAUUCCACUGCUGUCCAAGAAGUCAAGAUGCCUUUUCGAGGGGAGAAUCAAGACCCUGAGCAGCCAGAUAAUGGCGAUUCUGACUCACUGCAGGAUGAUUCUGAUGGGACCGUCGUAUCUGAGAGUGAGAUGGUUGGUAGUCGUGAAGAAAAAGCUCUCUCAAGAACUUUGGUAAAAGAAGAAUACUGCUAUGUUACUGAGAACAUUCAGAAUUUGCAGAAGAAACGGAAAAGGGGCCACGAUUCGUCAACGAAAGCCUGCAAGAAGUCAGUACGAGGACGGGAAAGUGAGGCAGCCACCCACAUCCUGCCUGGCCCACAAGAUACGAAGGAAACGGCAAACCACAGUCCUGCUUUCCGACAGGAGGAGCACGAGGAGACAUAGCUUAAAAACCUUCUCCCUUGGACCUGCUUUGUAGACUAAGCUGCAGUCAAACUUUUCUGGUUUCUAUCAAGAAUCCUACAACGGCUCGGGACUGCCGAGCAUCUCCGAAAACGUAUUGAGUAGGAUUAUCUUUUUUGCUUGUGUCAGUAAAUGCAUCAUAUUUGUAUUAUUUGUUGUUUAAUUUCAAAAAUUAAUAAAAAUUUUAUUAAAAAAAAAAAGAAUCCUACAACGGCCACCAAAGAAUUUUAGGUAUUCUAGCCACUCAGGUUAAACAGCCCUCCACGUUGCACAAACCUACACGUGCAGUUAUUCUGGUAUUACAACUGAGAUCGUGAGAAGUAGGACAUCUCAAGCCAGGCGUUGUAGGAUAAUUUUAAGAAUCGCUUCUCUGAUCAUACUGGUAGUAAGAGUACAGGCAGUC